AUGGAAUAUGAUAAUGUUCUGGAUGAUUAUGUGUCAAAAGUAAUUGAUGUUGUGAAUCAAAUUCGAAAAUAUGGUGAGGAUUUAAGUGAGCAAAGGGUAGUUGAGAAAAUUCUUAGGAGUUUACCUAUGAAAUAUGAUCAUAUAGUUGCAGCUAUAGAAGAGUCAAAAGAUUUGAGUGUGUUAACUGUUGAUGAGUUGCAAGGCUCUCUUUAUUCUCAUGACGAUAGGAUGGAAAGGUAUGGUAAUGCGUCUGUUGAGAAUGCCUUUUAUAGUAGGGCGCAAUACUUUCGUGGUGGAAAGGGCACCAGCGAAACAAACUUCAAUGACUGGCGUGGAGGAAAUUCAUCUCGUGGGAGAAGAAGAGGUAGGGCUGGUGGCCGAUUCAAUGGAUAG